AUGCAGGCGCGUUGCCAAUUACAGUGGAGACCUACUUUCUUACCUUCGAACUUUUACUUCCUGCGGGCCAGGCAAGGCGGCCGGUCGCACCACGCAACGAAUUACGAAAGUGGCGCGAAAUGCUCGGCCGACAUUCGCGUACCGCUUGCGCCACCUUCAGGAAGUGCCGUUGCUGCGGGAUUACGUAGUUGCGGCUGUUGCCACCACCGCUGCGGCACUGCCAGGCCUGGAGGACAUUAUCCUUGCUCAAGAAACACGUACAGGAGUCUGUGGUCGCGACCUGUGUUACCACACCCCGUAAUACAACGUAAACUGUACAUUGACAGGUUGCCAUCCGUUCUCUGA